UGUUUUUUAUUAUUUUACUUUGUUGAGUGAAAUUUCAGUGGAGAAUGUUGGCAUCGGCUGCUAUUAAUCUGAGAUCAUCAUCAGCUUCCAGAGCCUUCUCCAAAGCUCUCCCAAACUCCACCGCCGCUCCUUUCUCACUCGUACGGACUCUCUCUCGCUUCUCAGUCCGAUCUAUGGCCGACUCUGCUGCUGCCCCAUUCAAGAAAAUCCAAAUCCACAGAGGUGAUACUGCAUUUGAUGCAUAUGUUGUUGGAAAAGAAGAUGCUCCUGGGAUUGUUGUACUUCAAGAGUGGUGGGGUGUGGAUUUUGAAAUCAAGAACCAUGCUAUGAAAAUUUCUCAACUUGCUCCUGGUUUCAAAGCACUUAUCCCAGACUUGUAUCGGGGAAAGGUUGGUUUGGAUGUUGCAGAAGCACAACAUUUGAUGGAUGGUCUUGAUUGGCAAGGUGCUGUAAAGGAUAUCCAAGCCUCUGCUAAUUGGCUGAAAGCAAAUGGUUCAAAGAAGGUCGGUGUUACUGGAUUUUGCUUGGGGGGUGCUCUCUCAAUUGCAAGUUCUGUUUUGGUCCCUGAGGUUGAUGCUGUUGUUGCAUUUUACGGAGUACCGUCAUCAGAGCUUGCAGACCCUGCCAAAGCUAAGGCUCCUGUUCAGGCUCAUUUUGGAGAGCUUGAUAAUUAUGUUGGCUUCUCAGAUGUGGGGGCUGCCAAGUCUUUGGAAGAAAAGCUGAAAGCAUCAGGAAUCCCGUAUGAGGUGCACAUUUAUCCAGGCAAUGGGCAUGCCUUCAUGAAUAGAUCUCAAGAAGGUGUGAAGAGGAGGAAGAACAUGGGCAUGCCUGAUGAGGAUGAAGCUGCAGUUCAGCUGGCUUGGUCUCGCUUCGAGUUGUGGAUGACUCGUUAUCUGUCUGCUUAAGUUUUACUAGUCUAGUUUUAUAUAUCCAACAUAUGCUCUACUUACUGGUUGCUACUAUCUCUUAUCUCUAGUAGGAUAUAUCUUAUCCAGACUUGACAACUUCCUGGUUUGGCUAGCAAUAAUAUUUAACUUCUUGUCUAAUAUACCUAUCUUCUCCUUA